AUGAGGAGAUUCAUUGCGAGGUCAUGGCUAGUUACGACUCGGAGUUCGUCUUCUGCAUCUUCAAGAAAAUUGACCAAGAGGCCAAUCGUGCCAGAAAGGAUUUAUCGUGAAGGCGAGGCAAGAUCAUUUGUGGAUCACAGAAGAAUAACCUGUAAGGCUGGCAAUGGUGGUGAUGGCAUGGUUUCAUUUCGACGUGAAGCUGGUGUUUUGUUUGGUGGUCCAGAUGGCGGAGAUGGAGGAAAUGGUGGCCAUGUUGUUUUUGAAGUAGAUCCAGUUGUUAAAGAUCUUUCUGGUGUACCAAAAGUGAUAAAGGCAAUGAACGGUGAAAGUGGUCAUAACAAAAGUUGCUGCGGAAAGAAUGCUCCACAUAAAUUUGUCAAAGUGCCUAUAGGAACCGUAUUUAAGGAACCUGGUACCAACAAGGUGAUAAUUGAUUUGAAUGAGGAAAAAUCUAUAUUUCUAGCUGCUAGAGGAGGUGCUGGCGGACAUGGAAAUCAGUUUUACAAGUCAAACGAAGUGCGAGUACCAUUAAAAGCUGAAUUAGGUGGAACUGGAGAAGAACUAACAUAUGAUGUAGAAAUGCGUAUAAUUGCUACUGCUGGAUUAAUAGGAUAUCCGAACGCUGGAAAAUCUUCAUUACUGCGCGCAAUCUCGAGAGCUAAACCAAAAGUAGCUUGUUAUCCUUUUACAACACUGACUGCUCAUGUCGGCAUCGUGCACUAUGAUGAUUUUAUCCAAAUCGCUGUGGCAGACAUUCCUGGUAUUAUUGAGGGAUCACAUGCAGAUCGUGGGUUAGGACAUAGCUUUCUAAGGCAUAUAACACGUUGUCAAUGUUUAUUUUAUGUGUUGGAUUUGACGCUUUCUCAAUUUCUGGAGCAAUAUGAAUCAUUGAGGUUUGAAAUAGAUCAGUACCAAGAAGGUUUGAGUUAUCGUCCGAGUACAAUUAUUAUAAACAAAAUAGAUUUGGCGCCAUCUGAUUUUGACAAGAGCAGUCUUAAGCAAUUAUUUCCCGAACAUUCAGUGUUUUUUACUUCCGCAAAGCAAGGCACUGGUAUAGAAGAACUUUUAGUACAUUUACGUGAGCAGUAUGAUCUUGCUAAUAUGGAAAAUCAGUAA